GGAUGGAUGUCCAGCACAGUCUAUUAAAUUCAGAAAUGCCACCCAAAAUAUAACUAGGUAUCCAGAUUUUUAUGCUUAUGAGGAAAACUAUGGGUAUUUCUUUAAUCAUGAAUAUUUAUUUCUAGAGAUCAGUAAUAGUCCCUGGGCUACUGGGCAUGAUCACAUUAAACAUGUAAAUGAGGAUAGGUUUAGAUUAUGUAAAUUUCAGAAAGAUGCACAUAAAUAUGUAUAUUACAUAUUGAAAAACAAAAAUCUGAAGUAUCUUAAAUUAUUAUUAGAUAAUAUUGUGUUUAUAUCAAUUCAUUUUCAUGAGUUAAAAAUGGAUAUUAAUAUAAUGGAUUGUAAAAUGCAACCAUUUUACUUAAUAAACCCAUUUCAACAAAUUGAUCUCCCACUUCAUCAUUUAGAUCAAAAAGGAUCAAUAGAUUCUUUGGUUUCUUUAUGUCAAUCAUUACUUAUAUUAAAUCAUUUGAUAAAGGAAAAUACCAUCACAUUGGUAAAUUAA